AUGCUCCUGAUGUUUCCAGAGGCCUUUUCCCUCGAGGGCACUACAUUUCAAUUCCAACAUCACACGGUAAGGCCUUUGACAUUGCUGUCAGUCACGUCCUCGCCCUCCUCUCCUCAAAUGCAGUUAACCUUUAUCAUCCAUCUAAUUUUAGGGAUCUUGCACUCACUACCUAUCACCACCGAUGAUUCUUCCAUAGGAAGAAGAAAGUCUCUCCACAACCUAUUCGCAACCGCCAGUCAUUCUUCCACAGGAGAGGAAGAGAAUCUCUUCAUGACCUAUCUGCAACCACCAACCAAUGAUUCUUCUGCAGGAGGAAGAAAGUCUCUUCGCAACCUACCUGCAACUGCUGACAAUUCUUCCACAGGAGGAAGAGAGUCUCUUCAAGACUUAUCUGCAACCACUGAUGAGUAUUCCGCAGGAGGAAGAGAGUCUCUUCGCAACCUAUCUGCAACCACCCAUGAUUCUUCCAUAGGAGGAAGAAAGUCUCUCCACAACCUAUUUGCAACCACCAGCCAUUCUUCCGCAGGAGGAAGAGAGUCUUUUCGCAACCUAUCUGCAACCACCGCCACCGACAAUUCUUCUGCAGGAGGAAGAGAGUCUUUUUGUGACCUAUUUGCAUCCACUGAGGACUCUUCUGCAGAAGGGUGA